AUAACCACGUGGACAGCACUGUUGGGUUCAUGUUGUCAGUUGAUCAGGGGGAUUAGAAAGAUCUUUCUAAGCUCCAAUAAGUUAGAAAUGAUGCAGAACAGUAACAAAAACUCAGAUGAGACACGGUAUGGGCAGAGGAUCCUUUUCACAGGUCCAGGUGGAAUUGGAGACUACAGGCCAAGAUCGAAUUAUUUCCCCCUCUACAUUGGUGUGGGUGCCACUUCUCCCGAGGCCACCAGUGAUCUAAGUUAUUUAUGCCGAGCUGCUCCUGACGCCCCCCCGCCUGCACCCAGGCAGAGCUUUGUGGGCGAGGUGGGCUGGGGAUGGCAGCAUAACCAGCUGUUGAAUGGAGACAGGUUGCUCAGCAACAUGCAAAUUAAGAAAACUGACAUUAGGCGAACACUGGAGGACAGAGUCACUCAGAAGUUUCAGAUGAACCAGUAGGUCCCAAUUUGUCCAUUUAAAACACAUAAACAUGAUAUAUGUACAUGAUGUUUGAACAGUGUUGAGUUCGCUGGAUUGCAUGUUACCUGCUUCCUCAUCCAUAAUGCAACAUUUCCACUUUAAUGAGAACACACAGCGCCUCAAGCCGUGGACAUGAAAUCAGCCAGAACGAACUUGGACACCCAGCCGCCAAACCGUCUGGAGGGUUUAUUUACAUUUUACAUUUUUCAUAUUACAAAAAAAUAUUCAUGAAAUGCAAUGGCAUUUAUGUCUUGUAUGUUGUGAGGCAUAACUUGAAGAGAUUCUACUCCAGUAAUGUCGGAAUAGUACAGGUAUAUCACAAUAAAUUAAAAUAACAUUGAAAAGUUCACUUUUUAUUUCAGUAAUUCAAGUUAAAAAAGAACUGUUAAUAAAUAAUAAAGAUUGAAUGCACACAUAGGGAUGUGUUGGCUCAUAGCAAAUGAAACAAAAUUUCCUUAAAAUUUGAACAAAAAAUAUUAGUAAUACUGCAAUAGCUACAAACAACAUAAUAGUGGAGAAGAGAACUGACUUUACAGUUGUUCUGGAGACCGUCAUUGACACACUCCCCAAGAAAGUCAUUCUUAAAGAUGCUAGCUUUUUGAUUAGAAUGUUGUAACUAAGCAUGUUAAUGGAAAAUUGAGUGGAAGGAAGAUAUGUAAAGCACAAACAACACAGAAAACCUUGAGAAGAUUAUAAAGUACAUCAGGUUAAAUAGCUCCAAGCUUUAAGGAGAUGCUGACUUCAUGAGAAACCUUGGCACCUGCUCAUGUUACCAGAAGUACUGUUAUCUGCUUCUGUUGCCAUGGUAUCACUGGAUUUAAUUGGCCAACAAACCCACAAAGGAUCUAUGGACUAUUGUGAAAAGGAAGAUGAGAUACACCUGAUUCAACAGUGUAGAUGACCUGAAGGCCUCUCUUGGAUUAACAUGGGCUCCCUGAACAUUUGUGCAGAACCUGUAGUGCAAUAAUAGCAUUCAAGCAUCAAAACAGGAAUUUUUAUUCCUGUAUUUAAAAUCUUUUUUUUAUGUACUAUUCAA